AUGACAUCAUCGUCACCCUCACCUUCAGCGAAUACGAAUACUCGCUCAUCACCUCAAUCACAACAACUUUGGAUUCCACAACCAUCUCAUCAUCAAUUGGAACUCUUUUCCGUGGCUCCCAUGAUGGCACAUACCAAUCGACAUUAUCGAUUCUUCUUUCGACAGCUCAGUCAAUAUGCACACAUUUACACGGAAAUGAUGCCAUCGGCACAAAUUGUUCAAGUCUUUGAAUUGGCCGUCCGAGCAAUAACUAGUAGUACUAGUACUACUACUACUAUUUCAUCCUCAUCGACCAGCAGCGAAAUGAUGAUCCCCUAUGACGAUCCAGAGGCCAUGCAAGAGUUGGCCCACCGGAUAUAUCAGUGCCAGCAGCAAACUCCGAGUGUAUUGUAUUCCGAAGAGAAUGCUGGUUACUUUGCUGGAAGAAAUCUGCUACACUAUAGCAUUCUACAAGAGAUCAUGGCUCCGUACAACAACAACAACAACAACAACAUCAACAAUAAUGAAUAUCACACGGAUCCGAUCGUACUGCAAUUGGGAGGACGUAAUCCCGAAACAUUGGGCAAGGCAACGGCCAUUGCCAUGGCCUUUGGGUAUACUCAAAUCAAUUUGAAUUGUGGAUGCCCUUCUGCGAAUGUUGCCAAGGGGAAUCAAGCGGGUGCCGCACUCAUGUUGGAACCAACCUUGGUGGCGGAAUGUCUCGAGCAAAUGUCCCAAGCCAUGAUCCAUUACCAACACCAACACCAAACGAAUGAUGAUGAUGAUAAUUAUCAGCAAGUUCAGUUGUCGCUCAAACAUCGACUGGGGGUAGCCUUUGCGAAUGAGUACGAUGCGGAUUGGGACCAUGCACAGACUGAUGAGGCCGCCUAUCAAACCUGUCAUGACUUUUUGAAAGUCAUGGAGUCUGGUUCGAACAUCUUGUCCAAGGUUCAAGUUCAUGCACGGCUGGCUCUCUUGGGAAUUGGGGAUACCAAUAACCUUUACACUACGAAUGGUGAUGGUGGUGGUGAUGGUAUUGAUGAUGAUGAUGAUGAUGAUGAUGCAAUAGAAGGAGCAGUCGUUGGUUCACAAGGCGAUAGAGAACCAGAAACCAACAAGAAGAUCAAUCACAAGCGGGCCCAAUAUUUUGCCAAACGAGAAGCCCGACAGGCCACUAUCCAAAAUCGAAGUGUGCCUCCUCUUCGUCCCAAGGUUGUGGAACAAAUAGCACGUGACUUUGGUAGUAAAUGGGAGGUUGUUUCCAAUGGUGGCAUUCAAUCCAUGUCGGAUGUGGCAGAUCGCCUACAGAGACCAAAAGGGGGCAAUCCUGCUGGAGAUCAACAACAACAACCACAACAACAACAACAACAAGUGGACAAUUUAUUGUGGCAAGGGCAAGCAGUGACAGGUGCCAUGGUGGGUCGAGCGGCAAUCAAUCAUCCAUGUUCGUUCGCUACCGUGGAUUCCGUACUGUGGGGUGCCUCAAACAAGCCCAAAAAGACUCGUUUCGAAAUAUUGCAAACCUACAUGGAAUACUGUCAAGAACAAGAAGAUCGGUUGAAAACCAUUUUCCCAUCCACCACACCCACUCAAUGGAAACAUAUUCGGAAGCAGCUCGUGGCCGUUCCAUUCCAUUUGUUCAUGGGAGAAGAGGGGAACAAUGCCUACCAGCGACGAUUGCGAAAACUUUCUGGUAGGGGUGAACGAUAUUCGGCAAAAGGCAUGUUGGAUGCCGCUGCCAGGGAAGUUCCAUCCGAGACUCUGGAAAAGAGUGUUGAAGAACAUACUCCCUGGGCGGAUAUCGAGAAAUUCGACUUUACCAAACGAUCGGGAUCGAUGCAUCGGACAAUCUACUAG